AUGUCUUUCCCCACUAAGAGAUUGGCCCGAGUUGUGAGCUUGGUCCUGGCGCUUUCACUGUGUGUGUCGAACAGGCACUGGGUCGGCCCACAGGUCUUUACGGGGUCAUGUGCCCAUACUUCUCAGAGGUCAAGUGGGCCACGUUCGAGGACAGCAGUCACCGCUGCUGCGGAGAGUUGCUUGGCCCAGCUUGCCAGCAUGACCACUUUGUCCAUUGACACGGGAGACCUCACGGUCAUCAAGGAGUAUGCAGAGACAGGACUCAUCACAGAUGCAACGACGAAUCCUUUGUUUGUCAGCCAAGCUGGCCUGAGCGGAGAUCCCGUAUACGUAGCGCUGCUUGAGGAUGCGAUAGCUUAUGCACGCAAGUCUUCGACAAAGGAGGACGACGUUGUUGAGUUGGCCAUGGACAAGCUGGCAGUGAACCUCGGGGUUGCCAUCUCGAAGCUUGUCUCCGGGUAUAUUUCCACUGAAGUCGACCCACGCUUGAGCUUCAACAAGGAGGAAACUUUGCGACGUGCUAGGCGGAUCAUUGCUUUGUACGAGGAAGCUGGCAUUCCAAGAAGUAGAGUGCUGAUCAAGCUAGCGGCCACGUGGGAAGGUAUUGCAGCAAUGAAGGAAUUGGAAUCUGAGGGCAUCACUUGCAACAUGACCCUGGUGUUUGGCUUUGCGCAGGCUGUUGCCGCUGCUCAGUAUGGUGCACGUCUCAUUUCGCCUUUUCCUGGGAGAAUCUUGGACUUCCACAAGAAGCUGUCAGGGAAAGACAUUUGGGAGCCAGAGAAGGAUCCUGGUGUGGUGGCAGUGCGGCGCAUGUAUUCCUACUACAAACGCUAUGGCUAUGACACCAUUUGCAUGCCGGCCAGCUGGCGGCCAUCAAGGGGAGCUGGCCAUGACUUGGAUGAGAUAGAGGCACUGGCAGGUGUUGAUCGCAUGACUAUUCCACCUGGGCUGCUCGAGCAACUGGCAACAGGUGACUACGUGCUUGAGAGGAAAUUGCAACCAGAAGCUUGCGCUGAUGAGUGCCCAGAUGAGGAACUCUUUGGUGGCGCCAUGUCAGAGGCGGACUUCAGGUUGCUGAUGAACCAAGACGCGUGUGCUACAGAGAAGACAGCUGAGGGCUUGAGGGCCUUCAUCGCUGACACUGACAAGCUCGAGGCAGCUAUCCGGGAGAAGCUGAUCGCGUGA